AUCAGCAUCCUCUCAGCUGCUGCCAUUUUUCUGCUACUGGCUAUCUUGCUAAUCGAGAGCUCUCCAUCUUCAGGAGGAGGCAAAGAGGGCUGCCAACAACAAUAAGGGAAUUUGAAUCCGAGGCGAAACCUUUCCUGGAGGAUUGGGGGUUUCUCUAGUAAAGAAGACAGUCGUUAGAAAGGCGAUACGAUGUCUGAUUUUGACAGUAAUCCGUUCGCAGACCCGGAUUUCAGCAAUCCCUUCCAGGAUCCUUCGGUGACCCAGGUGACACGGUCUGCCCCUCCUGGUGGUCUGGAAGAAUAUAAUCCCUUCACAGACGCUAGAACGGCGGCACCUGGAAAUGCUCCCAAACCUACACCUGCCCCUUCCCAAAACACGCAACCUGCCAUCAUGAAGCCUACAGAAGAGCCUCCAGCUUAUUCACAACACCAGACUCAGCCGCAACAUAACGAGGACCAAGCUCGUGCUCAGGCUGAGUUGUUGAGAAGACAGGAGGAGCUGGAGAAGAAAGCUGCAGAACUUGAUCGUCGGGAAAGAGAGUUGCAGUCCCAUGGAGUUGCAGGAGGCCGAAAGAACAACUGGCCUCCACUACCAGAAAAGUUUCCUGUUGGUCCAUGUUUCUAUCAUGAUAUUGCUGUUGACAUUCCUAUAGAGUUCCAAAAGACCGUCAAGAUCAUGUACAACCUUUGGAUGUUUCAUGCAGGUACACUUUUUGUGAACAUGUUUGGCUGCCUGGCAUGGUUCAUUGUGGAUGCCAAUCGUGGUGUGGAUUUUGGCCUGUCCAUGCUCUGGUUUCUGCUCUUCACCCCUUGUUCUUUCAUCUGCUGGUACAGACCACUUUAUGGGGCCUUCAGGAGUGACAGUUCGUUCCGCUUCUUUGUCUUCUUCUUCAUCUACAUCUGUCAGUUUGGAGUCCAUGUUCUACAAUCUAUUGGCAUAACAGGCUGGGGAACAUGUGGCUGGAUUGCAGCGCUAACUGGUCUAAACACCAGCAUCCCAGUUGGCAUCAUCAUGUUACUGAUUGCAGCUCUCUUCACUGCGCUGUCCGUGGGCUCGCUCAUAAUGUUUAAAAAGGUUCAUGCACUGUAUCGAACCACUGGUGCCAGCUUUGAGAAGGCUCAACAGGAGUUUGCGACCGGCGUCAUGUCAAACAAGACCGUUCAGACUGCAGCUGCCAACGCUGCCGCUAAUGCUGCAACCAAUGCUGCUCGCGGGGCCUUCAAACCUCAUCCAUAAACAUGUUCCAGGCACAGAUGCUCACAAAUAUAACAAAACACACACAAAAACAACUACAUGGAGGCGCUGAACUCUGGUCCCGGUGCCUCUCAGAUUCAAUAGAGCAUAUUUAUGAAUGUUUCCCCUGCACAUUUAUCUUCUGAGGUGCGAAGCAAAAUAACAGACGAGUUACCAGAGUCGAUCAUCUUCACCUAAAACCUAACAUCAGUGAAGACACUAUGGAAUUCACCCUAUCAGGUCACUGUCCUGUCACGUCAACAAAGCGAUUAAAGCUGGGCUUUAAAUGUGUGUAGUGAGCGAUCUGAUUCUGCACUGUUAUCCACUUUGGUUCUUUCCUCGUCCUUUUGUGUCCUUUGAGACGAUCCUAGAUGAGGCAGAUGACACAGACGCUCUAGCCCAAUUUGUUGUGGUGAUGACCUCCGAACAGCUACCCGCUGGAUCAAUUCAGUGUUAGAGUUAUGAGUUGUUAGAAUCUUUUUGCACACAGUUAAUUUCAUUUUCGCUUUUUUUUUUUUUUUUUUUUUACAGAUGGAUUUCAGUGCAAUACUAUAUAUUUUGAGCAAGUAAUGGGACAUUUAGGACUUAAAGGUAAUGUUUGCUAGAUGUAGCAAGAUGAUAACAUUCUUAAUAUAUGAAAAAGCAUUUCAAAAUUAUAUUACUUAAGUCAUGUCCCAGUUAUAACUCUCAGUUCUGCUCUGUGUGCUUCUUUUGUUCGGCUGAUUCAACUCCUUACCCUACCUAUACAGCAUGAUGGCAAUAGGCAUGCUAAACAGAAAUUACAGACAAAAUCUUUGUUGCCAUCUUCAACUUCAUUUCCUUCUAUCAGGCUCCACGGGUUUUUCUGCAAAAAAAAGUGUAUUACUGUAAUUCAAGUCGUGGUUGAAAUAUCCAGGUGUAUUCAAAGUGGGUAAGUUCCAACAGAAACCAAUGUACCCCUUCAUUUUUUUUUCGAUGGCAUUAACUCAUUACUACAGUAUGUGACCCUCAGUCGUUUUUGUAUCUGUUCUCACUUGUUAGACAACUAACGCUGCUAAUAACCUUAGAGUCGCUUGAUCCUGGGCUCUUGCUUUCCUGUUAGAAAAAAAAGAAGAAAAAAAAACAAGUAUGGAGAGAACUGAAAUGCCUUUUCUCUCAGGAGAAUUUUUUUAUUUUAUUUCAUAAGACUAACCUGCACAUAUGUUAAAAUGAAAAAAGAAACCUUAAACUGUUUUCAUGUACACUACAUAGGCUAACAGUCCAUCAUUUGAGCUGAUGUUUCUCUGUCUGUGUUGAAUUACAGGCAGUAGAAAAUUAGUACCCAGAAUAAACCCUAAAGGAAGAGGGGACUGAACCUGAUGCAUACUCGGUGCCAUCAACAUGUCUUUAUUCACACUAAAGUUGUACAGACUACUGUCACCAGAGUGAAACAUGGAUCUGCGUUUUUAUCCUUCCGUCGUGCUUAGGCACUUCACAUAGUGAACGUGAUCGUCUGAAGAUGUGCAUGAUAGAUGAAUGAUAACCGCUGUGCAAAAUAUUAAAUACUCCCAGAAGUAAAUGUUAGAACAUUGAGGUCUAAAAUAAGCUCAAAUCUUGGCAGUAUUGCUUUUUGUUUGGAGUUAUUUUUCUAUACAUGAAGCAUUUCUCAUUUUACAUCAAAGUUAGUGCAAAUAAUGUGUUAAUUUAUGUUAAGUUAUUUAAGCUGUUUGCAUUUUAUUUUUUAUUUUGCCUGUGUGAUUUUUGUAAUGACAAGGUUAACGCGACAGCUAGGCUGUAGAAAUGUUUGACUUUGCAGAUCAGCCCUGCAAACAUGCGUGUGUUUUAUGAGACUGAGUGUAAACGAUUGGAAUGGAAGAAUUAAUCUCAAGUGUUAUUUUAUGUCCUGAAAAGCUGUGAUAAACUACCAAAUGUUCAUAGAACUGUUUUGUUUUAUCCAGUCGUGGCUUUGUGAUGUGCACCCUUCAGUUUUACCUUAAGUUAUUACAAUACUCUGCUAAAUAAACCCACAUUAUUACCAUGUAUUUAUACUUUUUAAGUACUAUAUGAAGCCUUGCCACAGUGGGUAAUUUUUUUAAGUGUUUGGCAAACUGGUUCUAAUGUACAGAAUAAUCCGUUUUAGAAGUCUACUGACACAAAACAGUUUUCUUUUUUGUUUGUUUUUUUGUUUUUAUUUGGGCCUGUGACAGUGUUAUUCAACAGAAUCAAAUGGGUAAAGGGACACCUGUAUAUUUUGUAAUGUUUGAUCCUCAUGAUCAAACAAGUGUAAAAAGGUGAUGCACUCCUGUCUGGCUUUUGUCGCAUGUGAAAUAGUUUCAGUUUUGUAUAUUUAUGGUAUUAACAUUAAAUAAAAUUUGAAAGAAGUGA